GAAUCAACUGCUUACAAUGCGAUUGAUGCGCUGCCAUGCUGGACAGUGGAAUGGGGAGCGAGUGUGUUUCAACCAAGCAGAAACACUGAGCUCUUAUUAGAGGGCAUACACAUUGAUGGACAGGUACGUACAGUGUACAUCGGCCGUAGUGCGCUCUACAGCACAUGCUGCCGUACUGCCGAGCGUGGGGCCGCUUUUGGCGCAGGAACCAGGCCAGUCGUCAUUGGCGCACGGUCCACUGGAUUCCACCGAGGCCGCUAACCUUCCAGCGGCCCACAGGGCUCGAGCGUCCAAAAGCUUCCCGAGAGUUGCGCUGUGUCUGGCUUGAGCUCCGAACUUGGACCUUUCCUGCUGUGCAGAACCAAAACUUUCUCAUCCAUUCCCAAAACCUCGCGAGGUUGCGCAAGGGCUUUGGAACCCCCCGCGAGGCAUCGACAUCGGCCCUGACGGACGAGCUUCUCUUUUUCAUUCUCACUCUUCUGCUUCUUCUAUUUCUUGGUCAUUGAUUCCUUCGGCUAUUCGACAUCGUCAUCGCGUUUCUGGCGACAUCAUACGCUACGACAGUCCGCCCGCGACCGUCAGCAGCCAGUGACUGCGGGUCCUCUUUUUUCAAUCGC